AUGUCCCCCAUGAAUUAUCUCAGUCUGCUCCUAGUCGUCGCGACAUUCAUCUCUUACAUCCCUCAAUAUCAGCGUAUGCUCACUUUGAGCUCAUCAGCUGGUCUUUCCAUCGCAAGCGUUCUCAUUAUCACAUUGAUGAAUCAAGUACAAACUGUUACUACGUACUAUCUUUUCAAGACGGCACCAGACAUGAGAUACGGCAUUCCGAUCGCCACACCACCUUCCAUUCAUGACUGGCUUAACCUCUCUCAGAUUCUUGUUCAGUGGAUUUGCUCGUUGUUAUUAUUUGCGCUCGUCAUUUAUCUACCCUCUCCAACGAUCAGCCCUACUGCUAAAAGAGUUGCGGUCGGGCUUUGGAUCUUCCAUGGGCUCUUUUCUAUCUUCUAUGUUGUUGUAGGAGGUCGACCCGAAGACAUAAUAUUUAAUAUCAACCGCAAUCUUCACAUAGGCAUCAUCAAUCCUCUCUUCACCUUCCUGGCUGUCAUUGCUUUUUGUCUUCAGGCUCGUAUAAUGCCACCUGUUGAUUAA